GAAAAGAAACAAGGAGCGUGUGUGUUGAGAUUGAUUCUCUCUCUCACAGUCACAGACAGUCACAAGAAAUGGCUUCGAAAAAAAGUAAAAUAGCAUCGUCAUCAUCAUCGUCAUCGUCGUCGUCAUGCAACUGGGCGGAGCUUCCGCCGGAGUUAAUUUCUUCGAUUUUAAUCCGACUGAGCACGGUUGAUAUACUGAAAGCUCAGAUGGUGUGCAGAUCGUGGCGACGCGUCUCUAAAGACCCAUCGAUGUGGCGGAUAAUCGAAUUGGAACUAAUCUCUGAAGAUAUGUGUCGUCGCGCCAUUGAUCUCAGCGAUGGUGGUUUGAUCGAGAUCUUUAUUGGUGUUAAGAACUUGGGUGAAGCUAUCCUCGCAUACAUGGCCGAUAGGUCAAGUCUUCUGAGAAGCCUUACACUAUCAUGUCGAUCAUGUUACUCUUUCUUUCCAGAGGAGAUUUUUCUCGAAGCAGUUGUGAAAUUUCCAUUGCUUGAGUACCUCCAUGUUCCAAGCUUCAUAUUUUCAAGAGAGUCUCUGAGAGUUGUAGGCAAGUCUUGUCCAAAUCUGAAAACGUUGAAGCUACACCACCCCCCUUCCUCCCGUGUUGCUGAUGAUUCGAUAGCCAUAAUAAUUGCAGACAGCAUGCCCGGACUACGCCACCUCGACCUUUGCGGACACCCUCUAUCUAACAUGGGCUUGAAAGCCAUUCUUGACGGUUGUCCUCACCUGGAAUGCCUAGAUUUACGCAAGUGUUUUCACAUUGACCUUUCAGGGAAUCUGGAGAAGCGGUGUUUGGAGAGGAUCAAAUAUUUGAGACGCCCCAAUGACUACCCACCAGAAACAGAAGAAGAGUCCUAUCUUCUUGAUAUUUUGUCAGAUUCAGGAUUGCUUGAUCCCCCCUCUGAUUGAACUAUUGAAGAUGGUUUCAUCUUGGUUUAGGUGACUUGUUCGUGAAGUUGCUUUGUCAAUCUCGUCCGAUCAGCAACGCUCCACAAUAUAUCAUCAGCCUAUAGUUAAUAUUGUUUCCUUGUGUAUGUCUGUGUGUGUAAGUGUAAUGGGAUCUGUUUUGUAAACAUGAGUCACCACCACCACUGGUGAAGAAGAAUUCAAAACCAUAUAUUAGGGCAUCCGCAAUGGGGGAACACUUUAGGAUGUUCUUAGAGUAAAAAUAUUAUGAAAAUAAUCUAAGAUCAGUAGUUAAGAUCUUUUGUUAAAAAGUUAA